AAGUUCUGCCUUCCCUUCUCCUUCUGGUAUCUCCUGUACCCCCAAAAUUUCCCCUCCUCCCGUACCCUCCCCGGCCCCCUCCUUUGGGGGCCCAGUGACCCUGAAUGUGGGGGGCACACUGUACUCCACCACUUUGGAGACCCUCACCCGCUUCCCAGACUCCAUGCUGGGGGCCAUGUUCAGGGCGGACACUCCCCUGCCGGCCAGCCUCAGCCCCCAAGGGGGGGGCCAGUACUUCAUCGAUAGGGAUGGCAAGGCCUUCCGCCACAUCCUCAAUUUCCUGCGCCUGGGCCGCCUGGACCUACCCCGUGGCUACGGAGAAACUGCGCUUCUCAAAGCUGAAGCCGACUUCUACCAGAUCCGGCCUCUCCUGGAUGCCCUGCGGGAGCUGGAGGCUUCUCGGGGGACCCCGGCCCCCACAGCCGCCCUGCUGCAUGCCGACGUGGAUGGCAGCCCCCGCCUGGUGCACUUCUCUGCCCGCAGGGGUCCACACCACUACGAGCUGAGCUCUGUGCAGGUGGAUACCUUCCGGGCCAACCUUUUCUGCACCGACCCUGAGUGUCUAGGCGCCCUGCGGGCCCGAUUUGGAGUAGCUGAGGCGGACAGGGCAGAGGAGGGAGGCCCACAUUUCCACCUGGAAUGGGCCCCUCGCCCGGCAGAGCUCCCCGAAGCCGAGUAUGGAAGACUGGGGCUGAAGCCACUGUGGACCGGGGGACCAGGGAACCCACGGGAGGUGGUGGGCACGUCGAGCUUCCUGGAAGAGGUGUUGCGGGUGGCCCUGGAGCACGGCUUCCGCCUGGACUCUGUCUUCCCUGACCCUGAAGACCUGCUCAAUUCCCGCUCUCUGCGAUUCAUCCGGCACUGAAGACGGCAGCCCUGAGCUCCACAG